GAGACAAUAUUGCCACGCAAAAUAUUGUGAUACUAAAGCAGUGUCGAAUUUUUUAACCCAUCCCUAAUAUUCAAAGAAGUAUGCAUAUGUAAUAUUGAUCCCGCAGCAGUUCUGUGUAAACCACCGACUGUAUUGGGUGAUUACUAAAUUCCAAACACACAUUCCACAACACUAAAAACAAGAACCGCAACAUUGUGACUUCAUGAAAUCAUAUCGUCAGGGCGUGCCAACCGUAGACUUUGGUAUUCUUCUCUCGGGGCUGAUCAGAAGGUCAGUGAUGAGGUGAAGGUAAAGAAGAAGACACUUCAUGAAUUAAUAAUGUCUCCCCUCCAUUAUUCUCCAGAUGACUAAGUCUUAAGCUCUGAAAUGCGAUCAGCUGUUGAGCGAUGUUGCCAAGAAACAUGGACUUCCUAUCUGGUGACCAGAGGACGUGUUCACCGCCCAGUGUUUAAUAUAUAUAUAUAUAUAUAUAUAUAAAAUAUCCAUCCAUCCAUCAUCAAUACCGCUUAUCCUCAUUUGGGUCGCGGGGGCGCUGGAGCCGAUCCCAGCUGACAUAUAAAAUAUAUCAUAUAUAUGGAAUUUAAAUCCAAUGUUUUCCAUUCUCUAGGUUUCCCAUGUGUGCCUCUAACGCUGAUGACACAAGUUCAACAGCAUCACUGCCAACAAGCUAAACCUCCUCUGCUUAUGUAGAGUAAACAGCUGGUGUUCCUCUCCACAACAUGUCCCCUCAAUGAGGCAAAACACCCAACCGAUGCUUCCUAAUAGACACUCAAUAGGUCACAGCCCGCCGGAAACUAAAAACACAUCUUUUCCAAUUAUAUCUGGAGUAAAACACAGAUUAGCACUUCAGUGGCACUUAAAUAGCUCUUAUUGUGGUACUUUUGUAGUUCGACUAUGUUGAGGAAAUGUUACUUUCUGUAUUCUUGUUGUUCUUAGUUUGUACUCUAGGUUGAUGCACUUAUUGUAAGUCGCUUUGGAUAAAAGCGUCUGCUAAAUGACAUGUCAUGUCAUGUAAUAUUUGAACAUGUCCCCUCAGGCCCCAAACCGGAAGCAGGAUGCAAUAACCAGCUCCACAGCUGACCUGAAGGACCCGGAUUACCACACACAUACAUCUCAGUGAAAUGGCUUUGCCCGUGGACGUGGACCAGCUUCCCCUGCUGAGAGAGGCCGGAGAGGGUCACGCAGUCGCUGGGAAGACGGACACGAGGGACACAGGCCGGUUGGAGUCUUGUUUGGACCAACCAAUGGAUUCAAGCGGUGUCCAUGAGGUCAUCAACUAUUCCCCCUCCCUCCUACCAGCCAAACACUACGACGCCGACACCACCGAACCCAUCAGCUGUAGCCUUCGGUCUUUGGAGGAGCUGUUGUCGUGGAAACGAAACGAGGCGAACCCCUUCAAUGUGGCGGCGGUCCCCCUGGCACCUCGGGAGCCUCCUCUCGCCCGAAGUCCCCGUCGCACCAUGGUGUCUCACGACAUGAUGGGAGGCUACCUGGAGGACCGGUUUACCCAGGGGACACAUUCAGAGGCCCCUUAUGCCUUCUACCACUGGCAGUACAUUGACAUUUUCAACUACUUCACACACAACCUGGUGACGAUCCCUCCGGCCGUGUGGACCAACGCAGCGCACAAACAUGGAGUUGUUGUUCUCGGGACCUUCAUCACAGAGUGGACCGACGGAGCUGCGGCGUGCGAGUCCUUCCUGAAGGAGGAGGAGUCGUACCGGGCGGUGGCUGAUAAACUGGUUCAGAUCAGCCACUGUUACGGCUUUGAGGGCUGGCUCAUCAACAUAGAGAACGCCCUCAGUGAAGUUGCGGUGAAGAACACGCCUCUGUUCCUGCGCUAUCUGACGGACCAGAUGCGGGAGCGGGUGCCCGGCAGCCUGGUGCUGUGGUACGACAGCGUGGUCGAGAGCGGGAAGCUGACGUGGCAAAAUGAGCUCAAUCAGUCCAACAGGGUGUUUUUCGACGCCUGUGAUGGUUUCUUCACCAACUACAACUGGACGGAGCAGAGCCUGGAGUGGAUGAAGGGCUACAGCGGGGUCCAAGGCCGCUACGCCGACGUCUACGUCGGGGUGGACGUGUUCGCCCGAGGCAAGGUGGUGGGAGGGAAGCUGGACACGAACAAGGCGCUGGAGGUCAUUCGGAAGCACGGCUUCUCCACUGCCAUCUUCGCGCCGGGCUGGGUGUACGAGUCCCAGAAUGAAAAGGCCGAGUUCCGCAAGGACCAGGACAAGUUCUGGGCUCUUCUGUCCGACUACCUGUCCAUCCACCGGCCGGCCUCACCGCUUCCCUUCAUCUCCUCCUUCUGCCAGGGCUUCGGGAAGGCCUUCUACCAUAGGGGACAGCGUGAGUCCCACAGGAGCUGGUUCAACCUGAGCGCCCAAGAGGUCCAGCCCUUGUACUACCACACGCGGCUGGAGGGCGGCGGCUGGUUCGGAUGCCGCGGCUGUCCAGAAGACGCCUGGAGCGGAGGCUGCUCGCUGCUGCUGGAGGGCCUCCUCCCCGCCACACACACCUCCCCCGUCUGUGCCAAGAUCUUGUGCCUCCACGUCCCCCUGGCGCCGAAGACCCUGGUGACCCUCGUCUUCAAGCCGUCCGCCGGCGUCAAAGUGUCCCUGGAGCUGAAGACCACGGACGCCAGUCCGUGCUCGCACGUGGCCGUCCAGGACGUCAAACCGACGGCGUCUCCCGCGGGCGAGGAGCUCCAGCUGGUGAGCCGGUUGGCCCAGCUGUGCGGCGGCCCGAGUCCAGACGGCUGGACGGUCGGGUGCGCCCAGCUGGAGCUCCGCGGCUGCGUCCUCAGAGAGGUGUGUGUGAGCGUCCAGAGGGACGGAGCGCCCCGAGACACGGAGUUCAGCUGCAGGCUGGGAGAGAUCCAGCUCUUUGACGUAGCUGAUCUCCAGGUCCCCCCUCUCCCGGUGGAGGGCCUGUGUGUGUACGACGUGGUGUGGCUGCGCGGCGCCGGCCUGCGCCUGAACGCCACGCUGCGCUGGGAGUACCCGGCGGAGCUCACGCGACACUUCCGGGUGUACUGGCGCCGGCUGAGAGGGCCCGACCCCAGGACCCCCCCGGGGCAGCGGGUCCUGGUGGGCCGGGCCUACUCCACCCUGUUCAGAGUGACGGAGCUGGCGGUGCCGGAGGCGCCCUGCGUGGUGGAGCUGCUGGUGGAGCCGGUGAGCAGGAAGGGCCUCCCGGUGCCCGAGGGCCACUGGGGGAGGCGGAGCCUCAGCUACACGGAGGACACGCCGCAGUGACGGAGCAGAACCGCUUAGCGGGCCGCUCCACCCGGGACGGCGCUGCAUUCAGGGCUCCGAUGGCAAAUUCAACAUUCCCAAAUCGGAGCACUUUGUUUUUGGCUCCUGAAUUGUGAAGAGACAGUUGUGGCCCUCCCCCUCCCGCUACCUUUAAACCUGAUGGCACUACAUGUUUAGAUUUACGUGGAGCCAUUGACAAAAAAAGCACUUUAAUUGACUUUAACCAAUCCCAACCCUCAUUCUCUGCACUAGCGUGCACAUUGGGAUCUGAGCUCUGAGUGUCAACACAGUCGUCUCCAUGACAACCGGGCAGCGUGCCAGGUAAAGAGCUAGCGAGUGCAUCUUAAGAUCCCCAAAUUAGUUAUCAAGAGGCAACGAGAAGAUCCACACCAGCGUCUCGGAUGUGUCGGGAGGCCGAGGUCACGCUUAUUUCGCAAUAAUGCCAAAAAUACUCACGAUUUAUUGUUCCAGAUAUUCUAUUCCUUUCUUCCCAUAUAUAUGCUAAUUAGUUUUUUUUUUAAUAAGCUGCAUGUUCAAGAUGUAUGCAACAUCAACGAGAUGAGAACAAAUGAAGCCUGAUGGCUUUAGACCCCGUCACAUCAUCACACCAUAAAUGACCACAUAUGAUCAUCAUAACACCAUAAAUGACCACAUAUGAUCAUCAUAACAUCAUAAAUGACCACAUAUGAUCAUAACACCAUAAUUGACCACAUAUGAUCAUCAUCACACCAUAAAUGACCACAUAUGAUCAUCAUAUCAUAAAUGACCAAAUGAUCAUCCUAACACCAUAAAUGACCACAUAUGAUCAUAUCAUAAAUGACCACAUAUGAUCAUCAUAACAUCAUAAAUGACCACAUGAUCAUCAUAACACCAUAAAUAACCACAUAUAACAUCAAUGACUAAAUGAUCAUCAUAACACCAUAAAUAACCACAUAUAACAUCAUAAAUGACUAAAUGAUCAUCAUAACACCAUAAAUGAUCAUAACACCAUAAAUGACCACAUGAUCAUAACACCAUAAAUAACCACAUAUAACAUCAUAAAUGACUAAAUGAUCAUAACACCAUAAAUGACCACAUAGGAUCAUCAUAACACCAUAAAUGACCACAUAACAUAAAUAACCACAUAUAUCAUAAUUGACCAAAUGAUCAUCAUAACACCAUAAAUGACCACAUAUGAUCAUCGGGGGGGAUGUUUCUCUUCCACCACCACGCUUCACCCAAAUAUAGUAUUCACACAUCAAGGGCUGCAUCCCAGAGUUAGGUUGCACUAAAUGUCAAACUAGAAUGAAAAUGAUUAAUGUAAAAGGUGUUUCUGCUUCGCUGAUUUAAUUGUAUCCAUGAAAGUUGAGGGAAAUAAAAAGACAUUUUUAUAAAUUAAA